AUGAAGGUGAUGGCUGCAUAUUUGCUCACUGUAUUAGGAGGCAAUGUUAGCCUUUGCGCCGAUGACCUCAGGAGCAUCCUCGGAUCGGUUGGAGCUGGAGCUGAUGAUGAUGGGAUUGAGCUACUGUUGUUCGAAGUUAAGGGUAAGGAUAUAACAGAGCUUAUUGCAUCUGGAAGAGAGAAAUUGGCAUCGGUGCCUUUUGGUGGUGGUGUCGCUGUUGCAACUAGUGAUGGUGGUGGUGCAGCACCUGCUGCCACAGAACCGAGGAAGGAGAAAAAGGUGGAAGAGAAAGAGGGAUCAGAUGAGGACAUGGGCUUCAGUCUAUUUGAUUGA